UAAAGAGACCCAGACAGCAACGUCCGUCGUCUCUGAACCGUAACGAGCUCCUCCGCUUCUUGAACUCCUUACAGCAGCAAAGAGAAGUGAAGAGAACCGAGUCUAGGAAUGGCGGACGAACGGCGUCGUCUUCUCCGCAAAGCGUUAGACAGGCUAAUCGCUCGCUGCGUCCCUCUUCAAUCCGAUCAGAGAUUCGUUGCUCUCUUGCAGAAGCAGGGGGUGUCGCUCGAGGAAGAGGAAGUGUUGGAAGCGGUGACGGAUAUCUUUUUGGACCCGGAAUUUACACUCCCUGUACUGGGAUGCUUUCGGGCCUUCACGCGAAGAAUUGUCGCCAGAGUGCUUGAACUUCUCCGUCUUAUGCAUGAACGUUCGGGGGAGAUGAUGGAUAUCGACGGCGGGGAGGGCCGUGGGUUCCAAUUCUAUUUUAGAAGCGGUUGGAGCCUGCGACUACAUGAGUUUGCGGUAUUUGCUUUUGGAAGGAGCCUGGCAUUGGCUCCAUUCGUCUUAGGGUCAAUAUUAAAUUAUUUCCAAUUUGCUCCUCCUCCCUUUGAAUGCCUCAGACAAAGUUCUUUUGCUGCUACAUGUCAGGAUACAGCUCACUUGCUAAAUGUCAUUCGAGCAUCCUACCGCCUCCUUGAACUAGAGCCUCAUGUUUUCUCUGGGCUAUGGGACUGGUCUUGUGUCCAAGACCUACUUCAUUGGUCUGAAAUCAUUGAACCAAGCGAAGGUUCAGAGGAGGAAAUUUUGGACAUUAGAUGGUGCUGCAUACAAGUAUUAUCAGUUAUCCUGAGAAUGAGUGAUAGACCAAGCAAAAACCUGGGUCUCACCACCAACAUUGGUCUUGGAUGCUUUCUCCGUUGGGAGGAUUUUUGUCAGGAUAUCUCAAUUGAAAAGGCUGGAUGGCUUAUGGAAGAAAACAAAGAGGAGGACACGGGGACCUCAAAUGACAACGAUACUCUGUGUGAUAAGCUUUCUCUUUACAACUCUCUGAUAACAUCAGACGGCCACGGCCAUGAUAUCCUAAGAGUGGGUAUCACUCAAAAUAGACGUUUCAGCAACACAAUCUUGCCGUUCAUCCUAACUUCAACCAUGAAAAGGAGUUUUGACUCGGCUUUGCUGGCACUAAGUCAAGAAUGGCCCGUUCUUCUCCAUGGUCCUAUAGGUUCAGGGAAGACUGCUUUAAUUAAUGAAAUGGCACGAGUUGCUGGCAAGAGAGAUGUCCUUUUUAUUUAUACUGAUGAUCAGAUGGAUGUAAAAACAUUGCUUGGAAGUUAUGUAUGCACUGAGUCUCCGGGUGAGUUCAAGUGGCAACCUGGUUCACUCACUCAGGCUGUCCUCAAUGGGUUCUGGGUUGUAUUUGAAGAUAUUGACAAAGCACCAUCAGAGAUUCUGUCUGUUAUUGCACCAUUGUUAGAGAGUCGAAAUUUAUUCAUUGGCAGUCAAGUGGAGACUGUUAGUGCAGCCAAAGGAUUCCAGUUAUUGGCAACAGUAUCAAGUUCAAGAAUUGAUUUCUGCAAUAAUAUAAAAGGAAGGAGCCCCUUGAGUGGUCAUUGGAGAAAAGUUUCAGUUGAGGCUGCUAGUAACGAGGACAUGUUAGAUAUUGUGAAGAAAUGGUUUCCAAGUCUACAACAUAUUACUCCAAAAUUGAUAGACACCAUGGAGAAGGUCAACACCAUCAUAUCAGCACAACAUGGAGGCUAUAGCCUUGGGGUUGCAGGUUCAGGUGGUACAUUUUGCAGGUUUUCGUUAAGGGAUCUCUUGAAGUGGUGCCAGAGGAUUAUGGAUCAAGGUACUAGGAUUUAUGGGCUUACAUUGUCAGAUUCUCAACUUAAACACAUUUAUCAAGAGGCUAUAGAUGUAUUUGCUUCAUCAAUAACAUCUCCUGAAAGCAGGCUCUUGCUAAUGAAAGAAAUUGGAAAGAUGUGGGUUGUACCUCAAGCUGAAGUGGAGUAUUUGCAGAGGCAUCACAAGCCUGCGUUUCAGAAUGUUAAGUCAGAUUUGCAAAUUGGCCGUGUCAUUCUUGAAACUUUCCAAGAACCGUUGCAAGAUUAUGGACGCAAGUUCGUCAAUAUUGGAAGUUCCUUGCGCAUUCUUGAAAAGGUGGCUGGCGCUGUUAAGUAUAAUGAGCCUGUUCUUCUUGUUGGUGAGACUGGAACGGGGAAGACCACACUUGUACAAAUUCUUGCAGCACGAUUGGGAAUGCCGUUGACUGUUCUGAAUUUAAGCCAGCAGACAGAUGCUGCUGAACUUUUAGGUGGCUUCAAACCAGUUGAUUCACAUUCUACAUGUAUCACUCUGCUGAAGGAGUUCAAUGACCUAUUCUCAAGGACAUUUCCGGUGCAGGAGAACAUUAUGUUUCUUCAGCGUGUUAGAAAAUAUGCAAAUGAAAAGAGGUGGAGUAAACUCUUGAAUGCAUUUCAGAAAGCUGUCAGCGCGUUUAAGAAACCAUUAGGUCAAAUUGACGAACCUGAGAGUUUUAAAAAGCGGAAAAGAUCACUGGGAAAAGACAUUGUCCAGCGCUGGAUGUCUUUUUCUAUAAGGGUGAAUUCUGCUAUGAAGCAAACUACGUCUACUUCUUCCAUGUCAUUUUCUUUUGUGGAAGGGGCAUUAGUAAAAGCUCUGAAAAAUGGCUCCUGGAUUUUGCUGGAUGAAGUUAAUUUGGCUCCACCAGAGACGCUACAGAGACUUACUGGCGUUCUGGAAGGUGGAGACGGUACCCUUUGCUUGGCAGAAAGGGGGGAUAUUGAGUACAUACACCGGCAUCAUAACUUUCGGAUUUUUGCGUGCAUGAACCCUGCAACUGAUGCAGGAAAAAGAGAUCUACCUUUUUCCAUUCGUAGCAGGUUUACUGAAAUUUUUGUAGAUGACAUGUUAAGUGAUGAAGAUCUGGACAUGUUUGUAGCUCAAUAUAUUGAAGAUGUGCAGUUUAUAGAGAAACCAAAUGUGGACAUUGUGAAGAAUAUUUCAAAUUUUUAUAGAGAAUGCAGGAAGCAAUCAGAAGAAAGGUUGUUUGAUGGGGCUGGUCAAAAACCACAGUUUAGUUUGCGUUCUCUUGCCCGUUCCAUGGAAUAUACAAAGUUAGCGUUACCAAAGUUUUCAUUUGAGAAGGCCCUAUAUGAUGGCUUUUGUAUGUUUUUCCUGACGUUGCUGGAUCACCAUAGUGCUAAAAUCAUGCAUGACAUCAUUAUGUCAAUUUUGUUGAAGGGCCUGGGGAAAAAGCCUCAAGACAUUCCGUUCAGUUAUUAUUGCAGCAACAAACAAGCACUUGAAGCAUCAUCAUCUGAUCUGUUCUGCAAACAUUAUGUUUUGACAGAAAGCAUCAAGGGGCACCUUAAUUCCCUUGCACGUGCUGCCUUUGUUCGUAGGUAUCCUGUCCUCUUGCAAGGCCCAACAUCAAGUGGGAAAACUAGUCUUGUUCGGUAUCUUGCCACAAUUUUUGGCCACAGAUUUGUUCGUAUCAAUAAUCAUGAGCAUACGGAUCUGCAAGAAUAUUUUGGUUCUUAUGUUGCAGAUACCUCCGGGAAACUCGCUUUUCAGGAGGGCAUUCUAGUUGAGGCUGUUCGUAAGGGUUAUUGGAUAGUUCUGGAUGAGUUAAAUCUUGCACCAUCAGAUGUGUUAGAAGCUCUAAAUAGAUUAUUGGAUGACAACAGGGAGAUCUUUUUGCCAGAGUUGCAGGAAACGGUUAAGCCACAUCCAGACUUUAUGCUCUUUGCUACUCAAAAUCCUCCCAUUUCCUAUGGUGGACGUAAGGUUCUUUCUAGAGCUUUUCGCAAUCGGUUUCUAGAGAUUCAUGUUGAUGAAAUACCUGAAGAUGAGUUGAUUACCAUAUUGGAGCAUAGAUGUGAAAUUCCAAGAAGUUAUUCAAUUAAGAUGGUUAGCAUUAUGAGAGAUCUGCAGCGUCACAGGCAGGGAAGCAAAGUGUUUGCUGGAAAACUUGGUUUCAUAACACCACGUGACUUGUUUCGAUGGGCUGACCGUUUUAGAAAGUUUGGUGUAGAUUUAGCAAAGGAUGGUUACUACAUUUUAGCUGAAAGGUUACGAGAUGAAAGUGAACAAGAAGUAGUGAAAGAAGUUUUGAAGAAACAUCUCCGCGUUGAAAUAAGCAAAGAUGUACUAUAUUCAGCUGAAUCUUUAGCGUUCCCUGUUGAACCAAGUAAAAGCUUACAAGUGUCACCAAUCGUUGGCAAGAUUACCUGGACCCGUAGCAUGCAGCGAUUAUAUUUUCUUGUUGAACGUUGUUAUCAAAUGAGGGAGCCUGUUCUUCUUGUUGGAGAAACUGGCAGUGGGAAGACGACUAUAUGUCAACUGCUAAGUAAUGUUUUGGGUUCACAGUUGCAUAUUCUGAAUUGUCACAGGUACACUGAGACUUCUGAUUUUCUUGGGGGUUAUUAUCCAGUUCGUGAGCGUGCCUGGAUUGCAUCUCAAUUUAGCAAUGUCAUUGAGAGGAUGAAGCUCAUGAAGACUUUCAAUGGGAUUAAAAUGAUUGCUUCUUUAUCUCCAGAUGUUGGGAAUGCUCAAUCCACUUUGGCUGCACUUGAUCAUCUUAGAAAUUCCUUGGAGGAUGCUGGUGCUUGUUCUGGUAUGGUUGGAGAAGACAUUAGGAUGCUGGAGCAAUUUAAGCUUGAACUAUCGGAUCUCCAUAGUAAAUGGAAAUCAUUAUUUGCUUGGAAGGAUGGACCAUUGGUUCAGGCAAUGAAGAAUGGUGAUUUAUUUCUUGUGGAUGAAGUAUCUCUUGCUGAUGAUAGUGUGCUUGAAAGAUUGAACAGUGUUAUGGAGCCUGAGAGAAAAUUGGUUUUGGCUGAGAAAGGAGGCUCCAUGGUGGAAGAAAUAACCGCACACAGGAAUUUCUUCCUUCUUGCUACCAUGAAUCCAGGUGGUGAUUUUGGAAAGAAAGAACUUUCUCCUGCUCUGCGGAAUCGUUUCACGGAGAUAUGGGUUCCACCAACUAAUGACCUAAAUGAGCUUAGGGGCAUCGCUGAAAAAAGAUUCUCUAGGCCUGAACUCUUGUAUCUUGUGCAGCCAUUAUUGAGUUUCUGGGAAUGGUUUCAUGAACUGCAAAUUGGAAGGGUUCUGACCAUAAGAGAUCUCUUGUCUUGGAUUGAUUUUGUCAAUGUAGCUGAGCAAGAUCUUGGAUCCAUCUAUGCUUUCAUUCAUGGUGCAUUCCUUGUGUUGCUUGAUGGGCUCACCUUAGGAACAGGAAUUUCAAAAUCCAUGGCGCAACAAGUGAGAGAGAGUUGUCUGGCUUUUCUUGUGAAGGAGCUUGAGGUUUAUACCUCCAGUCCUCUGGAUGCCAAAGUUGCUGAAAUUGGAAGCUAUGCAUGGGGUAACAAUGGCGUUGCAGAAAAUGUGGCAGUCAGGAAUGAGGCUAAAUCACCUCAUCUGUUUGGAAUUGAUCCUUUCUACAUUGUGAGAGGUGACAAGAACUUUAAAGGUGAAAAUUUUCAAUUGUUGGCACCAACUACUGCUAGAAAUGCCUUACGUGUUCUGCGGGCAAUGCAGCUUCCAAAGCCAGUGUUACUGGAAGGAAGUCCAGGUGUGGGGAAGACCAGCUUAGUGGUUGCUCUUGCUAACUUGUCGGGGCAUAAUAUUGUCAGAAUAAACCUAUCUGAAGAAACGGAUAUUAUGGAUUUAUUGGGAUCAGAUCUACCUGUUGAUGGUGAAACAGGAAUUCAAUUUGCUUGGUCUGAUGGGAUACUUCUCCAGGCUAUAAAGAGUGGAUCUUGGGUUCUGUUGGAUGAACUCAAUUUGGCUCCUCAGUCUGUGCUUGAGGGUCUAAAUGCAAUAUUAGAUCACCGGGCUGAAGUUUAUAUUCCAGAACUGGGGCUUACCUUCAAGUGUCCACCUACCUUUAGGGUUUUUGCAUGUCAAAAUCCAACAUAUCAGGGUGGUGGCAGGAAAGGCCUUCCAAGGUCUUUUCUGAAUCGCUUUACCAAGGUUUAUGUGGAGGAACUAGGCGUAGAUGAUUAUUUUUUUAUUUGUAAUUCACUUUUCCCAUCCAUUCCAAGACCACUGCUUUCCAAGCUGAUUACCUUUAAUAAUCGUCUUUAUGAAGAUACUAUGGUACACUCUGCUUAUGGUCAGAGUGGCAGUCCAUGGGAAUUCAAUCUGCGGGAUGUCCUCCGUGCAUGCCAGCUUCUUGAAGGUUCUCCUUCCACAUCGAGGGCAGAUUGCUUUCUUAGUGUUGUUUACCUGCAAAGAAUGCGUACAGUAGAUGACCGCAAACAAGUUAUGAAGCUCUAUGAGGAAGUUUUUGGGGAUAAGCCUUACAUAUCUGCAUUUCCGAUGGUUCAAAUCAAUGAGCAAGAACUUAUUGUUGGUGGAGCAUGCAUAAGUAGAAAACACUUUCAACCAGCAAAAGUUUCUAAGACUCCACUUCAUCUGUUGCCUGGGAUGCGCCACAGCUUAGAAUCUGUAGUGCACUGCGUUAAGCAAGGAUGGUGUUGUAUUUUGGUUGGCCCACCCUCCUCUGGAAAAACAUCACUUGUCAGAUUACUUUCUGAACUCACAGGCAAUACGCUACAUGAAUAUAGUCUAUCAUCUGCAACUGACAUGUCUGAAUUGCUUGGCUGUUUUGAACAGUACAAUGCCUUGCGCCAUUUGCAUUCUACCAUUGUUGAAAUUGAAAGGUACAUAAACGAGUUUUGCAGCUCAUAUUUUGAUGGUGACAGUAGAGAUCCAGAGAUUGAAUUGAGCUUUGUCAAGAAGUGGCUCCAAUUGCUACCUAGUACAAAGUCAUCUUCUGUUUCAGGUCACCAUUCUUUUCUUGGAGAUCCAGGCUACAUAAAUUCAUUAAUUGAGAUUGGUACAGAGGUCCAUAUCAACCAGGAGAAAUUGCAUUUACCUCUAUCUUGGUCAGUUGAAGAACUUAAUUCUGCAAUCAAAACCAUAUCUGAUUCAAAGGCAACGUGUGCAUCAAAAUCUUUUUCAGGGAAGUUUGAGUGGGUUGUAGGAGGGUUGAUCAAGGCAGCUGAGCGUGGGGAAUGGGUAUUGCUGGACAAUGCAAAUUUAUGUAAUCCCACGGUUCUUGAUAGAAUCAAUUCAUUGUUGGAGCCACAGGGGACAAUUACUGUCAAUGAGCGUGGCCUUGUGAAUGGUAAGCCAAUGGUUGUCCGAGCUGACAGUGGCUUCCGCCUGUUUCUUACAGUAGACCCAAAUUAUGGGGAGGUAUCCAGGGCAAUGAGAAAUAGAGGAAUCGAAGUGUUUUUGUUGCAGCCUUACUGGUUGGCUUCUGAACUUGAGGCUGGUUGUGAGGAGAAGUGCUUUGAGCUGGAGGAUGUGAAGAGGUUCUUGGUAUUAUCUGGCAUUCCUUGUUAUAAGGUGAUUAAUGCUAUGGCUAGAGCACACCUAUAUUUCAAAGCAGAGGGCACAAAUUUUGGAUUAUAUAUUUCCUUUUUGGAGCUAUCAAAGUGGGUCUACUUGUAUCAAAAACUCCUUAUGAAUGGUAGUGACAACAUGCAGAGUUUGCUUCUAAGUAUGGAACAUGUAUAUCUGUCUUCUUUUGGAUCUUCAGCUGGGAAGGACAUUCUCAUGCAUUCAGCGUCUUUAUACCUUAAGGAUCUGGAUGCAAAAGUGUUUGACACAUUAUUUGAGUCUUCUUUAUCUAUGCCAGGAGGAUGGCCAUCACCAUUAAACACUCCUAGUUACCUCUGGUACCCGAAACAAGCUUAUGUUAAAGGAAACUGCAUGUAUGUAGAAUUUCUUGCUUCUCAAUUUGCUUCAUAUUGUACUUUGACCUCGAUGCCGCCUGCCCUUGUUAAGAUGCAUCCACAAAUCCUUUCUCGUAAGCAUUUAUUAUUAAUGUUGUUUCCAGCAUCAUCUGAGCAGCUGAAAGCUUACAAAGUUCCAAAUUUGGACUUAGGUCUAGUCGAGAAGAUGCUUACAUUUGCGGCUAACUGGGCAAUUGAACAAGCAACUCUGGAUGAUGUUGAUUUAUAUGUCAUGUGGUUUAGAUAUCAUGCUUCAAAAUUUGAACCAUAUUGUCAUUUUCUCAACUGCUUUGUAAGUGUAUUAGAGAAGAUGAUUGCACAUCCAAUUUGGUCGGAGGUCAUUGCAUGUCAUGAACAGAUUACUGUUGAUGUGAGAACCACACCACUACUGUCAGUGAAGGUCUUAGAGUUGAAAGCAUCAAACGAAGUGAAAAAACGUUUUCUCAAUGCAAUUCGAGGUGUCCGCUUACUGCAGCUUAGUUUUCUGCAAUGGGAACGUGAAUGCAUAGAUGCACUCCCAGAACCAAAGAGCGAAAUUUUAUCCAUACCAGGGAAGUCCUGCUACCCAAUGUGGCGUUUCCAUUCCUACAUCUUACCUGUGUUUGAUUCUCUGAAGAGGCUGGAAGUGAGAGUGCUUGAUGCAAUGCUUAUCUCUCCUUGCUUUGGUUUCCUUCAACAAGUGUAUGCUAAUAUCAUUGAUAACCAUAUAUCAUUCUGGAAACAUAUUAACUCAAACCAGUCCAAAGACAUGGUUAUCUCUUGGCAUUCGCUUAAGAAGGAAACAGAAAAACUCCAUGAACAAUUUCCUGAAGAAGUCAACGGAUUUAUGGCUGCAGGCAGGAAUUUGGAUCAGGCACCUCACUGGAACUGCAAUUUUUCCAUCUCUACAUUCUGGAAGCAUGGAGGGCACCCGGUUAUGCCAUCCUCUCUUGGUGUCUUUCAUCAGAUGCAACAAUUGUUAGGAUUUUGCAAUAAAAACUGGUUCUUAGGUUGUGAUUCAGAGGAGGAUUCCUUAGUUGAAGCUAUAGUUUUCUCAAGUACAGAAUUCCGCUUACUGGUGGUGCAGGGUCUAUCAAUGGCCUAUUUACUUACAAGCAAAGGUGGGGAAGGUGAGGAUGACAUCAUUCGUGGCCUCACAGAUAUUUAUCUGAUGCUUUUCCAAAGAUUUGAGUCGGAGAAGAAUGUCAUUCGAUUAUCUUUAUUAUCACCUGUUGGAAGUUCCAGUUCCAAGUUGAUGGUGAAAACAUCAGCUUGUUGUUCGUGGUUCAGCAAUACCCUAUGCUGUAAACCUGUCUUUAAGAGCUGGAUGGAGACUCGUCCUUUGCCGAACUGCAAAAGUUUGUACCUUGAUAUGGAUGUGCUUCAGAGAUUAUUUGAUAUUUUUUUAACAGAUUUGAAAGGCCGAGUCGAGCUUACACAUGUAUCCAAACGUCUGCAAUAUGUGGUUGACUUCUCAUUGAAGUUUUCUUCAAGGCUGCCAGGAGAUUUUUCACCACACCAGAGCAUAAUUUGGAUUCUUGAUAAUUGGUCUUCAGCAGAUUAUGGGAAACUCUCUUGUAUGAUUCUUGAACUAUGGUUUCGAUGGCAUUCUUCCUUGUGGACCUAUAGCCAGAAAGAUUGUUUGGGUUGUAACAACUAUGAAUUUGGGAACAUAGUGCCCCACAUGUUCUUACAUCCAAUAAUGAUUGCAGCUGAUGAUCAGCUUCCUGCAAAUGAAGUUCUCAUCAAGGAUUAUGCAAGCCAUUGUUUUCAACGUAGAGUUUCUUCUGGAUAUCUUUGGUAUCAUGGUUUUCCAAGGAACAACAUGAUGACUCUGCUUCAUUCUUCUGUUUUCUUCCUCUUACAUCAGGUUAUAUUGGCACAUAAAAGUUCUUUCAAGGAAGAGGAUUUUGAUAAGAUCAAGUCACUUACGUUUUCUGAUGAAAAUGGUUGUUUGAAGGGUGAACAAUGUCAAAGCCUGGAAGAACUGAUGGUACUUCUUGAAUUGUCAAGUGAUGGGGUGCUGAGAACAUUAGUUGGUAGAUGCAUUGAACCUUUGCUCAAGUAUUUGUGUUCUGCAAAUACACCUGAGGGUUCUCUUUCUGAGCUUGGUCAUGCUUGGUUGCUGAUCGGGGUCUUGCAUUUCCGGCUUCUUGUUUUACCAAAUGCACCCGAUCCUGUCACCAGAUAUGGUUGCAAGUUAUCUCAGAUAACAGAAAAUAUUUCACUAGUUGAAUGUGAGAUAAAGGUGCGACGAGAGAGUGACUUUUUAGUUGGAACCAAUUGUAAAGAAGCUAAUAAUUGGCUGAAAGAAAGCCUAGCUGUUCUGAAGGAGAAACAGGCGAAGCUGCAGAAGAAGGUUGUGUUUCGUCCUGAACCAAGCAAGUAUAAUGUUCUAAAAUCUCAUUGUGAUUCCUUCUUGGAUGAGGUUUUGCUCAUGGGAUUGGCACAGGAGCUUGACUCAGCAUUCCCACGGUUAGAACAAACCCUCAAUAAGGUUUCCAACUGGCAGGAAACAUCUUCCUGCUUUCUACGACAUCUUUUGGAAGAAUAUGCUUCCUACACUGAUCUAAUCCAGCCUAUCCAAGUUGCAAUUUACGAAAUGAAAUUGGGACUGUCGAUGCUUGUAUCAAAUGCUUUGGAGAAACAAUUGCUGAAUAAAAUAGACGAGACUGCUGAUAGGAUGCGAGUUUGGAAAAUGCUUCAUUUUCUCAUGGCAUUUCCUGGCGUUGGAGAAGAAAACAUGAAUACUUCGAGUAUGGAACCUGGUGUAUAUGCCACAGAGUGGAUAACAGAGGAGGAUGUGAACUUCUUGAAGAAGUUGUCGAAUGUUUCAAGUGAUGUCCCAGUUCUGGAGUUAAAUGUGACUGUCAAUCAGAUUUAUUUAGCACAUGUAGCAAACUAUGUUAGAAGUUCAUUAAUUAUGGAUAAAGCUUCGAUCAAGAUCAUGGAUAAAAUAUUUGACCAAUUUGCGGAACUGUGGAUUAAAAUGAAAGUUCAAGCAAAGGAAAGGGUUGAUAGUGAAUCUAAAAUUUACAAAUUCAAGCCUUAUGCCUUUAAGAUCAGAAGCAUUUUGGAUGUAGAUGUUUCAAGUCUAAGAACUAUAAGCACCGAGGAAGAUUGGUCUUUUGACUGGCAGGACAUGCUGUUUGACCCUGAACAUGGAGAGGAGGAAAUUCUAGAGAAUGAUUGGAGUCGCAUUGAAGAGCCACUUCUUAAGAAUGUGGUGCAGGUCCACAGUCAAUUGUUUGGAUCACCCCAGCUUGUUAGCUGCCCUGGCAGAGUUGAGGUCAGCGUUCAAGACAGAGUAGAUUCAUUUAUGCUAUCCUACGGGUUUGGAAGGAGGAUUUUGAAUGGAUUACCACCUUCCUUGCCGUCAAAGUUAGAUGCACACAUUAUGUUGGGACAUCUGUUUCACACGUGUUUGAAAUCAAAUGAAUAUGCUGAUCCGGCCCUCCAGCCUUUUAGGCCCUAUAAUUUUUACAAGGAUCCAAAUGCUCCUCAGUUGGUUCGUAUGGUCAAGCCACUUGCAUCUCUCCAUGAUUGGGUGUUGGAUCUUUUGAGGGAGCACCCUGACCAACCGGCCCUUGAGCAAAUCUGCAAAACAUUAAAGAUGCUUAUAGACAUUCCACUAAGUACACCCUUAGUGCAGGUACUCGUCAUGUUGCAAUUUUUGCUUGGUCGGUUUCAAUCUUGGGAAGAAAAUACUUUAAAAAUUCCAUCUAUCACUGCUAAGGUGCAACCAAUCUUUUUCCUUGUUUCUGAUUGGCUGAGGAUGGAGUCUGAUAUGUGGCCUGGAUUGCUUGAUGAUGUCCAACGGAAAUAUGAAUCUGCUGCUGGAAAGCUUUGGUUUCCCCUGUAUUCAAUCAUUUAUCAAAGUCCUUCCAAGUCUGCUGAGGAUGAUGGUGAAUCUGCAAUUAAUGUUCUGGAGGAGUUCAUAGAAACAUCAAAUGUUGGUGAAUUUAAAAGUCGUCUUGAGCUUCUGCUUGCAUUUCAUGGGCAGAUCAAUAUGCAGUUGAAUCUUGAAGACUUCUCUGACGAAAAACUAAGGUUUCGUUUGGUGAAAAGCUCUUGUAUCUUAUAUAACAUAUUUGGAUAUUACAUCCAGUACCUGCCUUUGGUUGAUAGGUACAUUAGUAAUAGCAAGGCAAGUGUGAAAUUAGAGCUUGAAGAACUUUCAAAGCUUACAAAGUGGGAGCAUCAUAGUUAUCAUGCAUUAAUGGACUCAUCUAAAAGAACUCGCCAGAAGCUGCAGAAGCUUGUACAGAAGUUUAAUGACAUGCUGCAGCAGCCUAUCAUGGUUAUUAUAAACAAGGAAGUGUCAAGUUCAGGAACUGAUGCUCCAACCCUUCCUGUGCUUACACGUCAUGGUUCUGGGACUAAUCCCAAUUGGCUACUUGAAGGGAUAGAUCUUGACAAGCUUAGCACCUCUAACAGGACUUUCUGGGGAAGUCAUUGGCCAAAGAAGGUUAUAUCCAUUCUGGAACAUUUUGGGUCUGAUAUUCAGCAAGUUGAUUUUGUUAACAUUUUUGAACAAACAGAAGAACAACUGCGACUCAGUAUUCGGAGAAUGAAGAAUAUGCUAUGUUCUUUCUGCUAUGAAGAUAUUAUGGACAGUGUUCAGGAGCCAUAUGAGAGGGGCUUGAAACAAGUUAAUGAUAUCUUUAUAUGCAGCACUCAGCUUGUUGAUCUCUGCAAACAGAAAACCUACAAUGUGAAGAAAAGGAGAGCUUUUGCUAGUCUUCUGAAGGUCCUAGAAAGAAGUGGAUUGUCCAAGCAUAAGGUUGAGCAUGAUACACACAGCUGGUUUCUUCAGCCUGCCUUUGAAGUGCAGCACUUCCUUCAUCUCGAGGAACUUUCUACUGUAUCUUCCUGUGAGAUCAAUCAUGGUUCUGUUGGUGCAAACAUUGAAUCAAUGUGGAGAAUAGUCAAUCUGUACUACUACAGGAAUUGGGCAAUGAUGCAGCAGUUAAAUGCAGUUAGAGUGAAGUUCCACAAAGAUUUGACUGUUGAACAGGUUGAGUCAUCAACAUCUUUCAUUGGGCAUCUUAUACUGAUCCAGCAACAUCAUAGGGUGCUUGCAUAUGGACUUUCAAGCAAGCUUCAGAGUUUGAGGAAGCUUCUAUCACCAAUGGAAAUACAUGGUCUUGGCCUUAGUGCUACUUUUGAUCUCACUCAUGAGCAACAUGCAACUUAUAAAUCAAUGUGGCAUCAAAAGACGGUCUUUGAUAAUCUAUGCCAAAUGUUUAGGGAGUCAUUGUUGUUGCUUGGGAAUAUUAAAGGCGUUCAUCUUAGCAGCUGUGAUGGAGUGAGGGAUGAUGUUAAUGGGUUUGUGACUUUGAUUGAGAAAUUUGCUCCUAUUGUUCAGCAAUCCAAGGCUUUGCUAGACAAGUAUCUUCUUUGUAAUGAUAGCGUUCUCACUGCUCCUCCUAUGCAUCCUCUCCUUAUUACAAAGCGAAUGGAGGAGUUUGUGAUUCAAAACUUUGAAGUCUUGAGUGAGAUUGAAAAGGGCAUUCAGAUGAUUGCUGGGGGGAACUUAGAACCUGAAUCUGGGAAAGAUUGCCUCAUAAGACAGCUCAUGAACAUCAUUGACAAGGGUAAGGAGAUAAAGAUGGAGUUCAACCUUGAUAAGGGGCCUGAGGGUCAACCAGAAAAGGUGCAGAGUCAAGAGACUUCAUUUGUUGAGAACCUCAAAGAACUGGGUGGUUCAUUUAUGGAGUCACUUGAAAGGACUCUAAAAGAAGUGAUGGGUGCUUUUGAAAAUAAUUUCUCCUUGCAUGAAGAUUAUGCUCUGGCUGAUGAGUGGAUGUCGGGAAAUAUUUCCAAGUUAGGUUGCUUAUUUAAGCAGAAAAUGGAAGACUUAAAUUUGGAUACUAUUGGUGAUGCACUUCAGUGCACAAUCAUUUCCGCAGGCAAACUUGUAGAUUAUGCUGAUGAUAAGUUAUCUAAGAUGUGCUCUAGAUUGCGAAUUCAUUUGAAGAGUCUUUUUCUGUUGGUGGACAUGGCUUUGUGUGCUGGAGAGAGAAUCUUGUUCGAAUUUCUCAUCUUCCACAGAAGUGUUGCAGAGUUGACUUCCAUGCUUGCAGAUGUCUUCUUGUCGAUGUACAUGGAAGGGUUUGGAGUGGCAGAAAUUGAUCAAGAUGAGGCUAGCUCUGGUGCCAAAUACCAGGAUGCGACUGGAACAGGUAUGGGGGAGGGUGAAGGAAUUACUGAUGUAAGCAAUCAGAUAGAUGAUGAAGAACAGCUGCUUGGUGUUUCUGAUAAAAGUAAAGGAGGAACUGAUCCCGGAGAUCCUGUACCUAGUGCCAAUGACAUGGGAAUAGAAAUGGAGCAACAUUUUGAUGGUGAUACCUUCAGCCUUAGUGAAGAUUCUGAGGAACAUGAGAGUGAAGGUGGUGAUGAUGACAACUUGGAAUCUGUAAUGGGACAAACAGGAGAUGAUAAUGAAAUAGUUGACGAGAUGCCGUGGGACAAGGAUAAAGAUGCUUCUCCUGAUGACAAGAAGGAAAAAUAUGAGAAGGGGCCAUCUGUCAAAGAGUCAGAUUCAACCAUCAAAGAACUUGGGGCUAGGGAUGAUUCUUCUUCGCAUAUGGAUGAAGACAAGGGUCUGGACAAUGACAAACUCACCAAGCAGCAAGAGCAAGAUGUUGCAACUGACGGUGGCAGUGAAACUUCGGAGGAUAGGAAUAUGGAAAAGGAAAAUGCAUGUAUUGAUCAUGCAGGUAUUAAUUAUGAUGAGGAAGAGUUCAAUUUGGGAGAUAUGGAAGCAAGUGAAGACAGUGCCCCAAAUGGAGCUGAGGGAGAGGACUUGGCUCCUGAUGAAACUGUUGAUCAAUCACAUGAACUUGAGGGUAAGGAUGAAGAUAUGAUUGAGGCAAAUUCAUCUGAAGAUGGUUCCAAUCCUAGGAGUGAAGAUGAAACUGCAGCUGUUGAAGAUCUGUCUGCAGGCACCCUUGAAAAGGGAAGUGAUGAAGGAAAGCAACUGGAUCAGGCAAAUGUUGCUGAUCAGCUGGUGCACAACACAAAUUCUGCUGAUGAAGUGAAUGGUAGUGAUUCCCUUGAAUCAAGCCAGGGACCAGAAUUACAGAUGGGAAAUGGCAAUCAAUUUCCACACAUGCCUGAUGGGGUGCCAAAAAAUGACGUUCCUAAUUCUCAAGGUUUGGUUGCUUGCACUAGCAAGAAUGGGGACAUGACUGCAGGCCAAGCCAUGGAACAUCCAUCAGUUGCAGAAUCAGUUCCACUUUCAAAUAAAACCCGCCCAAACCCCUGCAGGAGUAUGGGUGAUGCCUUGAAAGAAUGGAAAGAGAGGGUAAGAAUGGUGUCAGAGACUGACACGAAUAAAAUGGAUCAGCUUAGUGAAACUGGUGAUGAAACUGGUGAUGAAUUUAGGUUUGCCUCUGAGCUUGAAAAAAGCACCUCCCAGGCUCUUGACUCCGCUACUUCUGAUCAGAUAGAUCAUAAAGUCAACUUGAAAAAUUCCUCAUCAGUGAAAGAAGAUCUUGAUGACCAAAUGAUUGAGUCAAGUGGUUCAUAUGCAGAAAAAAAUUAUCUACCUACACAAGAAGUUUUGCCUUCCUUCCAUCUUGCUAGAGAAGAAAGAACUAAUGUCCUUCCUGAGCCAGAAUGCUCAGGUGCCGUUUAUGAUGGAAUUGAGUCGCCACAUGCUGAUGAACGCAUAAGGAGCAGUUCAGGAAAUAUAGUUUUUGUUACAAAUCCCAAUUUUAAAGAUGGUCUCUCCGAACUUGAAAAUCAUCCAAUGAAUCAUUCAGACUUGAACAAAAUGAGGAAAGAUGUUGCUGAACUGUCACAUGAUGUUACGCAUAAUGCCAACAAAAUUUGGGCGAGGUAUGAAAAAAUUACUGGCUCACUGUCUCAGGAAUUGGCCGAGCAACUACGGCUGGUUAUGGAACCUACUUUAGCUAGCAAACUUCAAGGAGACUAUAGAACUGGAAAGCGGAUAAAUAUGAAGAAGGUUAUUCCAUAUAUUGCUAGUCACUUUCGAAAGGAUAAGAUAUGGCUGAGGCGGACUCGACCUAGCAAACGGGAUUAUCAAGUCGUUGUUGCAAUUGAUGAUUCCCGCAGUAUGGCUGAAAGCCAAUGUGGCCAUAUUGCAAUUGAAGCAUUGAUUACAGUCUGUCGUGCCAUGUCACAACUUGAAGUUGGACAAGUGGCAGUUGCUAGUUUUGGGGAGAAAGGGAAUAUACAAUUGCUUCAGGAUUUUCAUCAGCCAUUUACGUCUGAAGCUGGAAUCAAGAUGAUUUCAAGUUUAUCAUUCAAGCAAGAUAAUUCCAUUCUAGAUGACCCCAUGGUCGAUCUUUUGAAUUACCUGAAUGGCAUGCUAGAUGCAGCAGUGAUAAAUGCACGUCUUCCAUCCGGACAGAACCCAUUGCAACAACUUAUUUUGAUCAUAGCAGAUGGCCGGUUCCAUGAGAAGGAGAAUCUGAGGCGUCGUGUAAGGGAUGCUUUGAGCCAAAGGCGAAUGAUUGCCUUUCUUAUUGUUGACAGCCCACAUGAAUCUAUCAUAGAUGUCCAGUCGGUCUCUUUCUUAAAUGGUUCCCCAACCUUCUCCAAGUACCUUGACACAUUUCCAUUCCCAUACUACAUCAUCUUGAGCAAUAUUGAGGCCCUCCCACGAACUCUCUCUGGUUUGCUCAGACAGUGGUUUGAACUUAUGCAGAUAGCAGAUGAAUAAUUUGGGGAAUACUGUGAGCAAAAACGCUUUGUUUUGGUUGGCCUAUCAGGGUUUUCUCAUGGCAAGGGUGUCUCCGGUUGCAAAGCAUCUUAAGAUGGUAGUUAUUAGGGUUUGUACAUCCUUUGCUUGUUCAGAAGGUCUAAUGACACUUAGUCAUUGCAUUUAUAAACAUCUAAGCUCUUGUAUGUACAGUUAUUUAUAUUUGUACGCUUGCCUAUUUGAUGCUUUAGUGAUAAAUAUUUUUUUAUUAAUGUAUAUAAUUUUAAUUUUCA